AUGGGAGAGUCCACACCGGUUUCGUCAGCCGACUGUAUUUCUGAAUUUAAUGAUGAUGAGUAUGCUCCAAUUGCACUAAUCUUAGUUCUUUUUGAGCCUCCACUCUGUGUAGGCGAACUCCUUUAUAUCAUCAGUGUUCAAACCACUCCUUAUGUUUCGACUAGUUUGAUCGUAACAACCAGCAAAUUGUGCAACUACCUUAUUAAUCUUAUAUUAUCGUUUCUUACAUACAUCGAUAAGAGUUGGAUUACAAAGCCACGAGGUAGUGCAGAAUAUAGGGAUGGUCUGAAUAGAUUUCUUGAUUUUGCCUUUGCCAAUGCAUCAUCGGAUGGGAUGAUACAUUGUCCAUGUCCUUUGUGUGGGUUCCGAUUUUUCCAAACUAGAGAGGAUGCUUACGAUCAUCUUCUGAUGAAACCCUUUCCCCCUAACUAUACCUUUUGGUUACAUCACGGUGAGAGGACCGUAGACGAGAGCUCCAGAGAUACAGAAACUUUAGAACCCACUGGAAACUCAGGAAAUCAAAUGCUUGACAUGGUCCACGAGGCCUUCAACAUUCCGGGAUUGCAGAGUGAUAAUGAAAACAUGAUGGAUGAAGUGGUCGGAGAUGGUGCGGAAGGGUUGCCAAACUUAUCUGACGAGCCUAGCCGCGAGGCUCGUGCCUUUCAAGAAUUGCUUGAGGAUGGCGAGCAGAGAUUAUAUCCAGGAUGCUCAAGAUUCUCGAAGCUGUCUUUCUUGGUGAGACUUUACCAUAUCAAGUGCAUGUGCGGAGUUAGCAACAAGGCUUUCGGAUUGAUUCUGGAGCUAUUAGGGGAUGCCUUUGAGCAUGCAAGGAUUCCGAAUACCUUGCACGAUGCUAAGACGAUCAUAAGGAAGCUCGGUAUUGAGUACAAGAAGAUAGAUGUAUGUCCAAAUGACUGCAUGCUAUAUACGGGUUCCGACCAUGACCUCUCCAGAUGCAAAAGGUGUGGAGCAUCCAGGUGGAAGCAAAAGACCAGGAAGAAUUCCAUUGUAAAGAUCAACGCCGUUGUCAAGAAGAAUGGGAAACCUCAGGCAGCAAAAGUUCUUCGUUAUUUUCCUCUGAUUCCACGGUUGCAGAGAUUAUUCAUGUCUAGCAAGACAGCCAUGGACAUGUUGUGGCACAAGAGAGGAACCAACUCUGACGGUUACCUGAGGCAUCCCAGGGAUGGCGAGGGUUGGAAGUCAUUUGACAGGAGAUACACUGACUUCUCUGGCGAUCCGCGCAAUGUUCGCCUAGCCUUGGCCAGUGAUGGCUUUAACCCUUAUGGAAACCUCAGUUCAAAGUACUCAAUAUGGCCAGUGAUUCUUAUUCCGUACAACCUACCCCCAUGGAUUUGCAUGAAACAAACCAACUUCAUUCUCUCUAUGAUAAUUCCCGGUCCUAAAAUGCCUGGUAAUGACAUAGAUGUCUACCUACAGCCCCUGAUCGACGAGCUCAAGCUGCUGUGGGCCGGUGUCGAUACGUAUGACGCCAGUGAGAAGAAAACAUUCAAGAUGCGAGCUGCACUGAUGUGGACUAUCAGUGAUUUCCUUGGCUUGGGCAAUUUAUCUGGCUGGAAUACUUACGGCGGGAGAGCUUACCCCACGUGCAAUUUGGAUGCCGAGACUAGGCGACUCACCUUCAGUCAGAAAUGGUGUUAUAUGGGUCAUCGUCGCUUUUUGAAUCGCGAUCACAGAUAUAGACAGGAUCGGAGUAGAUUUGAUGGCAAGGUAGAGGAUAGAUCCCCACCUACCAAAUUGACUGGUAGGGAUGUCCUGAGACAAUUGGAGGGUGUUCCCGUCUCACAAGGCAAGGUGCAAGCGAUGGGCGGUAAAAGAAGGCGCGGACAGCAGACCGUGGUCCAAGACGAGUCUCCUUGGAAAAAGAGGAGUGUAUUCUUUGAUCUGCCGUACUGGGAGAACAACGAAUUACGUCACAAUCUUGACGUGAUGCACAUAGAGAAGAAUGUAUGCGACAACAUUGUUUUCACCAUGUUGAACGAAAGCGGUAAGUCCAAAGACCACCUAAAAGCUCGAAAAGAUCUCCAAUUGAUGGGCAUCCGGCAGGAUAUGUGGCCAAUUGAAGGUGGAAAGUAUCCUGCUGCAGUCUUUACCAUGCGGAAUCCAGAGAAGGAUGUCUUUCUUAGGACAAUCAAGAAUGUGGUCUUUCCAGACGGGUACUCUAGCAACAUCUCUCGCUGUGUUGAUUUAAAACAGCGCAAGUUAUUCGGCUUGAAGAGUCAUGACUGCCAUAUCCUAAUGGAACAUCUACUUCCAAUUGCGUCAAAACACGUGUUGCCCACCCCAGUGUCUGCCGUCGUGGCUGAGUUAUCAGCCUUUUUCCGACUAAUAUGCAGUAAAUCCAUUGAUCCUCAACAACUUCCUCUCCUUCAGGAUCGUGUGGUCCAUACUUUGUGCCACAUGGAGAUGAUAUUUCCACCUUCCUUCUUCACAGUUAUGGUUCAUCUAACGGUGCAUUUGGUCGAGGAGGUCCGUAUUGGUGGCCCAGUGCAUUACCGAUGGAUGUACCCAAUUGAGAGGUACCUAGGUCGUCUCAAACAGUACGUGCGUAACAGGGCACAACCAGAAGGAUCGAUUGCAGAGGGCUACUUAUCCGAGGAGAUUCUCACGUUCUGUUCAAGAUACUUAGAUAAUGUCGAGACUAGGAUCAACCGACCGACGCGCGUUGACGACCGACCGAGCGAUGCUCCAGAGAGCGAGAUUGCCGACAUGUUCCCAGAGGUUGGAAAGUCGGUCGGGGCAGCUUCAUAUUUUACUCUAACAGCAACCGAACAGCUUCAAGCACAUCGUCAUGUACUGGUGAAUUGCAGUGCUGUAGAGAAAUUCUUGGAUGAGUACAGAGCCUUCACAAAGAGAAAACUGCGAGGUAAAACAAGGUCGCAGUCUCACAUAGAUACUGUUGUGCACAGAGAAUUUUCGAACUGGUUCAGGCAUAAGGUCCAAUUUGGAAGCACGGAUCAUUCGAACGAGUUACAGUGGCUCGCCUGUGGUCCCCGUGCUCAGGCCAGUCGCUAUCAGGCUUACAACGUCAAUGGAUUUAAAUUCAGGACCAUGUCGAGGGAGGAAGGGAUGAAAACACAGAAUAGUGGGGUCUAUGUCACUUCGGAUACUAGAAGUUAUGCAAGUAAACGGGAUGCCAAUGUUGCUGUUGGCGGUGUCUCGUAUUACGGGAGAUUAGUAGACAUCAUCGAGCUAAAUUACAGCGGUCAAUUCACUGUAGUAUUGUUCAAGUGCCUUUGGGCGGACACUACGUCGGGCAGAGGCAUCCGGCAAGACGUUUUGGGCCACACCUGUGUCAAUUUUGCCAAUCCUAUCCACACCGGUGAUCGAGAAGACGAUGAGCCGUAUAUCUUGGCAUCUGAGGCGCGUCUUGUGUUCUACGUGGAGGAUGAGGUGGAGAACGGAUGGAGUGUAGUGGUCCAUGUGAAGCCAAGAGAUUUGUUUGACAUGGGCGAAGAUUAUGAACAUUGUGAGGUCGACCUUCAUCCACAGUCCUGUAUGAGUAGCCUCCCUGAAUUUGAUGUCGAAGGCCUGCGGUUGACGAGAGACGGCGAUUUAGAAGAGUCCACCAUCGAAAGGGUUGAAGAUUGUGAAGAGGCCGCCGAAUCCUAA